AUGUCAUGGCAAAUGGUUAAUUUACGUCGUUCACUUGAAUUUCGCUAUUAUUCACGAGAAAAGAAUUGCUUGGGAAAUUAUUCAUUUGUUGCAAAAUCUGCCAUUGUUCAACCAUUUAAUUAUAAUGCAUCUGAACAAAUUCAUUUAGCUUAUGGUAAUCGAAUCGACCAAAUAUUUGUUUCAUAUGUAACAAAUUCUUCCCAGUACAUACAUAAAUGUCAUUAUGAUUUGAAUCCAUUAUCGCUUCAGUGGCGUGCUCAAGGAACGACAACCACUUAUAAAGCAUCGGAUAUGUGCGAAGGUAAAGCAAAUAUUCCUGAUCCACAAACAUUUAUUGAUCCUGGCUAUAUGCAUACGAUAAUGCUUGAAAAUAUUCGUCCAUCAACUACAUAUUUUUAUCGAGCUGGAAACGAUCAACAUGGUUGGUCAUCAAUACUUUCAUUUACCAAUCGUCCAACCAAUGAUGCUAAUGCAAAAGUAAACAUCAUUGUCUAUGGUGAUGGGGGUGCAGCACCCGUACAUCUUGGUGCUAAAUCAACAAUGGAUCGAAUUCGAGCACACUUGAUGGUCGACAAUAUCACAUGUGUAUUACAUAUGGGUGAUAUCAGUUAUGCACGAGGUAUUGGUGCACUUUGGAAUGCUUUCAUGACUCAAAUCGGUCCAAUUGCAUCUCGUGUGCCAUAUAUGGUUGUAAUUGGAAAUCAUGAAUAUGAUCAUGUCACAGGUGGAGAUAAAGAUCCUAGCGGAGCACCAGGUCCCGGAGGAUUUCGGCCAUCAUGGGGUAAUUAUGGUUAUGAUUCAGGUAAUGAAUGUGCUGUUCCAAUGGUACAUCGUUUUCGUUCACCAUCCAAUGGUAAUGGUCUCUUCUGGUAUAGCUUCGAUGUGGAUCCUGUUCAUGUUCUUUGCUAUUCCACGGAACAUGACUUUCUUCCUUUAUCACUACAAUAUGCUUGGAUUGAACGUGAUCUCAGUUCUGUAGAUCGCUCUCGCACACCAUGGAUAAUUGUUGAAUCACAUCGACACAUGUAUUGA